AUGGAGAAAUGAGUCAGGAACAUCAUGGAGUCAUACAUACUUUCCUUUAUCUUUGAAUAAAGCUUAAGUGACUUUACUUUUUAUUUUUAAAUUUUGCUACUUACUUUUUACCUUACAGUUACUUUUUAGAACUCAAAAUUUUAAUUUUCUUUAACCAUAGAGCCACAAGAGAGGGGUAAAAGCAAACAAAGGGACGAUAAGCGCAGUGAAAUGCUUUUAUUGUGAAACGUCAUACCGGAAAUGCCGCGGGUUAUGGCGGUAACUCGGUCUCGGUUGAGUUUUUUUCUUUUUCUUUUUUUUAAUGGAGCUCCGUCCGUGAGAAGAGCGGAGACGUGACCGGCUGAAACAGCGCGGCGCCGCUCUCACUUCAUCCCAAACGAUGUUUACGUCAAAGAUCCCCCUGGAAGCCGUCGGAGGAGGAAGUUUUAAAGAUGUCUGAAUGAGAGGAAGAGGGGGAAAGUGCCGCUUUUUCUCAAGACAAGGAGGGAUUUUAGGCGCCUUUUUUGUACCAAUUUAUUUUUCAAAUUUGUUUGUGAUAACUUUUCUGGAAAUAUGUAACUGUGUGGACGCAAAAUGGAGCAGUCAGCUACUCUUGACAUAGAAACACUUAAGAUUACCCAGGAUCAGUACAUUCUUGCGUCACACUCCUUACACCUCCAGCGACCGGCUUGCGAUGCGGUGUAUCCAGUGGGGCUGUACGGCUGGAGGAAGAGAUGCCUCUACUUUUUGCUGCUGCUUCUGCUGGUCACCAUGAUAGUUAACUUGGCCCUCACUGUCUGGAUCCUAAAGGUCAUGAAUUUUUCAGUGGAUGGAAUGGGAGGUCUUCGACUGAAACAGGAUGGGAUUCACCUGGAGGGGGUGAGCAAGUUUCAGCGACCUCUUUAUGUAAACGACAUCCAGUCCAGAAGGGACAGCUGGUUGCUUUUACGGUCAGACAAGAAUGUUACUCUGAAUGCCAGAAACAAGGAGGGCCAGCUGACUGGUCAACUCACAGUGGGACCUGAAGCUGUGGAGGCCCAGUGUCAGAGGCUGGAGGUGCGAAAUGGAGAUGGAGGAAGACUGCUGUUCACUGCAGAUGAAGAGGAGGUGGCAAUCUUAACAGACAGGCUUACCGUCACAGGUGCAGAAGGCGCCGUUUUUGAACACUCUGUUGAGACUCCACUCAUCCAAGCGAGGACCUCCGAGGAUCUCAAACUUGAGUCUCCGACGCGAACCCUGACCAUGGAGGCUCCCAGAGGGGUGGAGGUGAGCGCCGCCAAGGGGACUCUCAGAAUCAGCAGCAGAAAAGAUCUCCAGCUGGAAUCCACAGAGGGGGAGAUACUUCUAGAUGCCAGCAGCGUUAAACUUGGAAGCCUCCCACUUGGCGUCCACGCCGGCUCUCCGAGUCAGGCCGUCCAGAAGCAGGCCGUGUUCGAGGUGUGCGUUUGCCCCAGCGGCAAGCUCUACCUCUCCCCCGCCAAGAGCAGCUCCUCCUGCCAAGCCAUGAGCAACAUCUGCCUGUGGAGCUGACAUGGGGGUACGGCGCUGGAGCCCCGGGGAAUCUGCGGGAUGGAGACUCCAAACUUUCAUCAUCGCGGCGGAUUAUCAGGACGAGGACGAAAAUCCAAACCGAAAUCAGGGAUACGUACAGAACAGAGCUCUCCGCCGUUGGGCUGAGGGGGGAGCGAAGUUCUCGGCGUUGAGGAGAACUCAUCGGUGCCUUCAGCUUCAAAUAAAACCGCAGCGAUACUGAACAGAAACGGAAGCAAGGCACUUUAUUUUUCUGUGAAAACCUUGUGUUUCAAUUUACUGUUACAAAUGAAAUUAAACAUGUCAGACAAACUGGG